GAACAGCCAGUUUCACCUGUACCGGUCUUUGAUGACACGUUGUUUCGUAGUAAAUGUAUUUUAUGAAUGUAACAUUUUUGAGGUGUGAAAUUGCUUAAACGGGUCAUGACUGUGAUAAAGUGAACACUCUGCAUGCACCGGUCCGUGUGGACAGAAGGGACUAAAUCAUUUGCUCUUAAGAUAUGCAAUUGGAGAAUUUGGAGCUGGUGUGUUGUUAUUGUUUGACUUGGGAGCUUAAUCCGUAGACGACUGCUCCGUGGCAGUCUUGUAAGUCUAUAUAAACAGUGCACGCAUGAGAGGGCGCAGUGACCCGGCUUAAGUUUAUUGUGGCCAAGUUGUCACAGAAUCGUGGAUCAGAGCGUUGACUUUUCGGUACCGUGGAAUCACUGUACACGAAAACACAGUUUUGUAACAGUUUCAUACGGUUCUCCAACAUCUUGGUUACAACCUAAAGGAAUCACAAGGAAAUAGUCUGUUGUAGUGAUGAGACGAAUUGGCAUGACGGCCAUCGGAGUUGUGGGAGUGUUCCUACUAUCGAGCAUCAUCCCGUUGGGUCUAGCUGCGCCGUCGGCCGGCAAGGAAUGGACGGUCACCGCCAGUAAACACUCCCAGCAGUACGAGAUGCUGCGCUCCAUUCGAGAGAGACGACAAACAGGGGGCGGUAAAAGGAACGAUGUCCUACUUUUCCACGUCGAGACCAAGAUAGCGGUGCGAUUUGCCAGCACCACCAUCACCAGUCGCAUCAGCAACAAGGCUGCUGACUCUGAACCCCUGGACUUCAUCAUGCAGUUACCAGUCAGCGCGUACAUCACCAGCUUCUCCAUGGAGGUUGAUGGAGUGACUUACUACGGCAGAGUGAGGGAUAAGUGUGAAGGAGAAGACGAGAAUACAUUCGAUGCGUCUGGAAGUCUGUCCACCGGACGAAUCACUACUCUGGAUCCUACCAGAAACACGUUCAUGGUGACUGUCAACGUCGCUCCCGGAGAUAGGGUUGGUGUGAUGGUCAACUACCAAGAGCUGCUGGAGCGAAGCCAAGGGUGGUACACGCAGAAGAUAAGCGUCAAUCCACAACAGGCCGUGCGUGAUUUCAGCAUCAAGGCCUACAUCACCGAGCCCCAGGGGAUCAGCAAAUCGGAGGCCGGGAUCAUCCAGAUCUCGGGAGACAGCUCCGGAGCCGGGGGACUGGGCGCCCUGACCCGUACCACCAGCUCCUACAUCUCCCUGGAGGAGUACCUGAGCAAGAGCGGCAAGUCGCGGGUCAGCAUGGAGUUCACGCCCAGCAAGCGUGAGCAGCAGACCAUCGGUGGCCAGCCCUCGGGCGUCAAUGGGGAUUUCAUCCUGAGGUACGACGUGCAGCAUGAACUGAAUGUUGGAGAUGUACAGACUUUUGGAGACGUCUUCGUCCAUCAUUUCUCUCCCGGUGGCCUGAGUCCCAUCCGUAAGACUGUCGCAUUCGUCAUUGACGUGAGCGGCUCCAUGUACGGGCUCAAGCUGAGACAAACCAAGGAAGCCUUGGCCACGAUCAUUGACCAGAUGAGACCCAGCGAUCGCUUCAACAUCAUCCCAUUCUCAGAUGAGGUUUACUUUUGGAGGGAGGAUGAAAUGGUCGAAGCGUCGUCAACAAAUAUCAACAGAGCCAAGGCGUACAUCACUGAUCUAGAAUCAAAAACUGGUACCAAUCUGAAUGAUGCCAUGAUGGAGGGGCUGGACCAGCUCCGCUUGGCGGGCGCCAUGGACCCGAUCUCGGCCUCAAACCCCGGCAUCUGCAUCCUCUUCGUGCUGACGGACGGCGUGCCCUCCAAAGGUGUGACCGACCCCCGGACCAUCGAGCAGAACAUCCAGAGCGGCAACCAGGGAAAGUGCUCGGUGGUCACGCUGGGCUUUGGCGCCGACGUGGACUUUAACUUCCUGGCCCGGCUAGCUCUGGGGAGCUCUGGCGUCGCCAGAAAGAUCUUCGAGGAUUCUGCGGCCUCUGAGCAGCUCAUUGGUGUGUACGAUGAGGUAGCCACGCCCCUCCUUGUCAACGUAGCCAUCGAGUAUCUUGGCAACGUGGUCAGCGAGGACUCGCUGACUCAGACCGUCUUCCAGAACUACUUCGAGGGAUCCGAGUUCGCCAUCAGCGGUCGGCUGGCAAACCUGCUGGCCGCCAACCUGCCCAUCCGAAUCACGGCCAUCAGCGCGACCGGGGAGAUCACCAUUGAGGAGUACGUGCCCAUUGCAAAUACGAAACCAGCGGUCCUGAUCAACUCGGAGAACGUCCCUGAAGGCUUCGCCGAGCGCACGGCCGCCUUCAUCUCGCUGGCCCAGCUCUUCAACCAGUACACGGUGUCCAACGAUCUCAACGAGCAGCGGGUGAUCAUAGCCAAGUCGCUGGAGUUGUCCCAGCAGUACAACCUGCUGACUCCGCUCAUGACCAUGACAUUCGUUGACUCUCCGCCAGGCCAGGACGGCGGCAGUGCUGUGGCCGUCCCGCCGGGGCUUCAGUGGGGCAUCCAGGGACCCGUGUACGGGCAGAGGGGCCAGAGCGAUAGCACCUUUGGGAUAGGAGGCAGUGCGUGCGCUGAUUUAAACAUCGGAACUACCCCAGAUAUACUGAUAAACUUGGAAAGACUGCACAUCGAGUCCCUGAUCACCGACCGGUAUGCUAGGACCACCGUGACCGGCGAGGUGGCCAACCGGGCAGCCGACCGGCAAGACGUGCCUUUCACGCUGCAUAUCCCGCCCGGUGCUUUCAUCUCCGACUUCUCCGUUGAGCUGAAUGGGAAGACAUACACAGGCAAAGUAGAAGACAUCCGGAACCCAGACUGGCAGUUGGCUUUUGCUUCAAGUACAGACGGGCGGCAGGUGGUGCUGGUGACUAAACGGGAUCCUACCAAAGACACGUUGAUGAUGCGUGUGCUGGGCGUGGCCCCGGAGUCCACCGUGACCUUUGACCUGACCUACGACGAGCUACUGGAGAGGAGACGUGGCGUCUUCGAGCACCGAGUCAACAUCUGGCCGGGCCAGGCCGUGGAAGACCUGCAGCUGGACAUCUACAUCACCGAGCCGCAGGGCAUCAGCGAUAUGUUCCUCAAGUACGCACCGCGGGCCUCGGAAACGGACGAGGAGGAUCUGCGGAGUUUGAUCCGACGUAGCAGUGACUACAGAGCCCACAUGCACUAUGCUCCAUCAGCCACCGAUCAACUGACAUUCACACCCGACGGAAUGGCAGGGGAUGUCGUUUUGGAAUAUGACGUCAUCCACUCCAGGGAGGGGAGCUAUGUAGAGGUCCAAGAUGGCUACUUUGCCCAUUUCUUCUCGCCAACGACGCUCCAACACGCCGCCAAGCACGUGGUGUUCGUCAUCGACGUGAGUGGCUCUAUGGCCGGCACCAAGCUCCGCCAGGUCAAGGAAGCACUCAAGAUCAUCCUGGACGACUUGGGCCCCAAGGAUCGCUUCAAUAUCUUGGUCUUCUCCGACGACGUUCAGUACUGGAGACGCAACGCGCUGGUGCAGGCCACGCGGAGGAAUAUCAACGAUGCGAAGCUGUUUGUAGAUGAUUUGAUAGACCAAGGAGAAACCAACCUGGCUGAAGCCAUCAUACAAGCUGACAAUCUCCUUGACCUUCAGUCUGGCUCCUUUGGCGAAGACCAAAACAUCCUGUCCAUGAUGUACGUCCUGACUGACGGGCAGCCCACCAUUGGGGUCAAGGAUCCAGACGAGUUGGUCCGGACCGUCAACACGGCCAUCAACAGAAAGCACGCGCUGUUCUGCCUGGGCUUCGGUCGCAACGUCUCCUUUGACCUCCUGAUCCAGCUGGGCCUCCAGAACCGGGGCAACACCAGGAGGAUCUACGAGACGGCCGAUGCUAGCGAGCAGCUGCAGCGGUUUUACUUCGAGGUUUCUCGGCCGGUCGUCUUCGACGUGGAAAUGGUCUACGAGUCCGCGGUGUCGAACCCAGAGGAGUUGACGUCCUGGCGAUUUCCGUACUACUUUGAUGGGUCGGAGGUGUCUGUGGCGGGGAAGCUGUACGAGAAUCCUAGCUCUACUACGCUGGAAGGCAGCGUGCACGGGCAGACCGCGACAGGAGAGCUGUACCGCAACACAAGGAAGGAUAUUAGGAUCGCAGCCCCUGAGCUGACCCAGGACCACACAGUACCGAAGGUGGUUGAGCGCAUCUGGGUGAUGAAGACCAUCCAGGACCUGAUCAACCAGUAUGCCAUCACAGAGAACCCAGCCGCACGCCGGGCGCUGGCUGAUAGAAUCGCCCUGCUCGCCACAAGGUAUAACUUUGUGACUCCACUGACUCCAAUGCUCCUGACCGACCCAGACAACGACCAGCCCCUUGUGGACAACAGUCUUCCCCCACCCUCCAUCCUGCACACUGGUACUACCAUGGACAUCUUGCGGAGUCUGCUAGAAGACUUACCAGGCAAGCAACCAAUUCCAGGUGUUGAGCCAAGGCCGGAUAAAUUUAACGUUGCCACUAAAAGCUCUGAUGGUAUCGACACGAAAAGCUUGACUGUCAACUCUAAGAUUGUCUUAAGAUUUGCCACUACCACCAUCAGUUCUACCAUGGAGAACACGGGCAGUAAGGGGGGAUGGGCCGUCUUCAGACAGAAGAUUCCUCUAAGAGCGUAUAUCACCAACUAUACUUUAACUUUGGAUGGGAAGAGCUACCAGGGUGUUGCCGAUGAGAAGAGCCAGAACGUGACGAUCCAGCGGGGCGAUCUGGAAUUUGCGCAGGGCGGUGGUUUUAUUACUGAACUGGACCCAGAGAGCAAGGCCUUCAUCACUUCAGUCAACCUCAAGCCUGGCAACACGGCCGAGUUUGCCCUCACUUAUCAGAUUCUAUUACCGAGGCGUCGCGGAAUGUUCAAGCAGCAUCUCGGCUUGUAUCCCGGACAGGUUGUGGACAACUUGCAAGUGGACGUCAGCAUCACCGAGCCCCAGGGGUUGCGCGUGGCCAACGCCUACCUCAGGGACCGAUCCCUGGCGGGGGGAGAUGACCCCAUCCAGCCACAGCCGAUGACGCGGGUAAGCGACAGCAAGCAGCUAGUGGCGUACCGGCCCACACGCCAGGAGCAAGAGGAACUGAGCGGCGAAGGAAUCAUGGGGGAUUUUGUCGUCGAGUAUGACGUCAAUCAUUCUGACGGCGCCGGGGAUAUUAAGGUCUUGAAUGACUACUUUGUCCAGUUCUUCUCUCCGAGUGGUCUGUCCGUCCUCCGUAAGCACGUCAUUUUCGUCAUCGAUACCAGCAGCUCCAUGGAAGGUACCAAGCUGUCCCAAGUCAAGGCAGCCCUCAAGACCAUCCUGGACGAGAUCUCACUGGGAGACAAGUUCAACAUCUUACCCUUCUCCAACCAGGUGGAGUUCCUGGACCGGUACCGGAUGGUGGAGGCCUCCACGGCCAACGUGGAGUACGCCAAGUCGUACGUUGACGACCUGCAGGAGGUGGAUGCCACCAACUUGAAUCGCGCCAUCCUGGAAGGCGUCAACAUGCUGCGACGCGAGGGGGAGAAGCUCCGAGGCGGGGAGAAGGUCAUCUCCAUGCUGAUCGUGCUAACCGACGGGGAACCGACCUACGGCGAGACGGAUACCAGGGAGAUCGAGCGCAACGUCCAGGACGCCAUCAACGGUGACUACUCACUCUUUUGCCUGGCCUUCGGAGAAGAUGCGGACUUUGAGUUCCUGAACCGGCUGGCGCUGAACAACCACGGCGUGGCCCGGCGGAUACCGGAGCGAGUAGACGCCAGCAUCCUUCUGCAAGGGUUCUACGACGAGGUGGCCACGCCCCUGCUCUACGACGUCCAGUUUUACUACUCCGAGGGCGUGGUUCCGAACACGCUGAGCGAGCGGUUCUUCCCAAACUACUUCAACGGGUCUGAGAUUGUCGUGGUUGGGAAACUGGAUGAGGCGCGGUUGUCAAGUCACGUGCUGAGAUCGUUUGUUUACGGGAAGACGGCAAGUGAGGAAAUCUCGCUGGCGUCAGAUACAAACACCAUUGUGCCCUCCCGUGUCCUACUGGAUCCCUCCAUCCCCGCUGACCUGGUGGAGCGCAUCUGGGCCUACAUCAUGAUCCAGACCCUACAGCGCAAGCAAGCCCUCACGGAGAACCCAAGCCCGGGCAUCCAACGCGACAUCACCGACACCUCCCUCCGCUACGCCUACCUCAACCCCUACACGCGGAUGACGGUCGGGGAGGUGCAGGGGGCCGCCCGGCGUGAGCCUCCAGCCAUGCGGGUGUGGGACCGAUCGUUGCCCGCGGAGGUACGGGAUGGGUUGAGCGUGGUGCUGAGCCCCUUACCAAAACCGGUCCAGCCUGAACAGCCUUCUACCCCAGGGGGAACUGGCGAUGGAGGAGAUGGUACAAGCGGAGUUGAUGGAGACCCGCAUUUUGUCGUGAACGUCCCCAAGAGUAACCUGUCAUUGUGUUUUGACAUUAACGGCGAGGCUGGUGAUGUGUUCAGCUUGAUCAAGGACAAAAGAAGAGGUCUGUUCAUCAACGGUAGAAUUAUCGCAAAACCACUUUCAAAGAAGGAAAAGCAACAACCGAAGAAAAAGCAGAAACAACGCACCUACAUCGGGGAGAUAGGCGUGGUCUACACCCCAUCAGCUCCAGGCAGCGGCAGCGAGUCCGAGAUGUGGUUCAACCCAUCUGCCAUCACCGUCAACGCCAAUCACACGCUGCCGUGGGGCAGCAAGCGGACGGUGCGGCUGGGCGGUGUCCGAGUGAGGCUGGACGGCCGGCUGGCCACGGUCUGGCUUGGAACAAAGGGCAUUAAGUUUACCGUGGUCCGGCACAAGAUGCCGCCCAGCAACCGAGACAAGCCUAGCUUCAUGGGGUUCUUCUUGAAUGACGGCAGUGGGCUGUCGGAUGGAGCUCAGGGACUCAUUGGCCAGUUUCAACACACCAAAGUGCGUUUAUCAGCAGCCUCCAGCAACAAGGGAAAACCCAGCAGCAGCACGAAGCCCACGGCGAGCCAGCAGGGUGAGAUCACGAUCCGGGGCCGGCGCGUCAGCGUGCACGCCGGCUCGCGGAACAAUGACAUGCGGAAACAGCGGGUGGACUGCUGGAUGGCGGCACACGACAGUGCCGAGGGGAUCAUCAAGGGGCACUACACGGACUAUCUCAUGUCCGACCUGUUUGGGACUGUGUAGUACGGGUGGACUUUGGGGUCGUGUUAAAUGCACUGUUUAUCACAAGUAAUUCACGACUCAAUUCACAAGUCCAGGCACAAGUACAUAGUGACAGGAGCUAACAAAUUUAUGUCCUUUAUUGCCUUUGUCAUGGAUUAAUGCCUUUGUCAAGUUUACGACUUCAAUCGUGGGCCAGAUGACUUGCGAAGAACUUGACAAAACUUCUGGUCAAUAAAUUGGCCUGGCUAGAGAAUGUAGUAUAGGUUUUCCUGGCUAUUUUGAAAGAUUUUUUAAUUCAAAGUCACCAACUCUAUCAUUCAAUUUCGUCCCCGAAAAAUUUAAAACACUUUUAACAAAACCAAUUUAUUAUAUGCGGUACCCGCUGCUAUUUGCAUCAGAUUCGAACCAGCCAACUGAUCUUGUUAACUCGGUGGUCGAAUGGCAAGACAUCUGCACUAGCAAGCAGGAGGUCGUGGGUUCGAGUCCCAACUCAGUGAUUUGUUUCCCCCAACUUUGACUCGGGAGGUAACCACUGAGUAUACAGAGUUUGUCCGUCGGUGAAGGGCAAAAACCUAAUUUGACAAAACCAAUUUAGUCAUUUACCAUUCAAUUUUAAAGUUUAGUCACCCUCUUUAGUCACUGGGUUGAGAAUAUUCAUCAUUACAGAUCAAAUUCGUCUAAGCUGUUGCCGAAUGGCAGCAUUCAGAGAUCGGAUUUGUCUUAUGUAAAUCAAUUGGACGAAUUUGAUUUCUGAAUAACAAGGUUCAGCAUAGAUGAGACUAAAUCCAGUACUCUGUGACAAAAACGUGUGCUCAUUGGUUGAAUUUGCUUGAUAUUUGAAAUUGUCUGACAAAAGACAAAAUUAGACAUUGGAAGUGCAUUAUGGAUGUUGCUGGACUAAUUUGAAUAUAAUCAUCGGUGAAUUCGAACGGAAUAUGUUUUAAAAUAGCUGGGAAAACUUAUAAAUGGGCCCGUCUUGAAGCCGAGUUAGUUUCCAAAUCUGAUAUGCCUAUAGUAAAAUGUAGUAGCACAGUCCAACGUAACUUAAUAAGCAUGACAAACUAGACAGUGGCGUGGUCUUGGUAAUUCGGCUUAUGGAUACUUGCACAAGGUGGUACGAUGGAAAUAUCUGAGUAAAAGGGCUGCCAUUAGACAAUAUCAACUCAGUUUCAUGCCUGAGUCACCUGUGCAACUCAACAAUGUCAUGUUCCUAAUUAUAAGGACUCAGAUAACAGCCUUUCCUCCAAAAAAAAAUGACCUUUUCUCUAAAAUGUGCCUUGUGCAAAACUCUUUCAUACUGGAGUGUGAACAGGGAUUCGGUCGUGUUUUAAAUUAUACACCGUUUUUAUAUUUCUUAUAUUUUUAAUUGUCUGAGAUGGCCUUUUACUGCCCUAAUUUGAGGCAUUUCCAGUUUUAUAGAACCCAAACUCUGCUACUUGAGUUAAAACAGUUACUGUGAACAAAUUGGACUUCAAGUGUAAAUAUAUUUUCCGUUUUCAUUUCUAAUGGCU